AUGUCGUUGCCGCCAGAGGUCCGCGCGCGGUAUAUCGCUAUCAUUGAUUCGAUCCUCGAGAGUGCUGAUCUCACAACUAUCACGACCAAGAAAAUUCGUCAAGGCAUACAGGAUCAAGUCGAAUAUGACAUCACGCCCCAGAAGAAUGCCAUUAGAGAAUUGAUCGGUGAGAGGUUCGAUCUCAUGAAUGCGAAGAGAAAUGGCGAGACUACUGUGGUUCCUUCGGUAGAAACAGCCGAGCUGAUCGAACCCCCUCCUCUGACUAAUGGCGUUCAUCAUUCUUCCGCACCGUCCUCAAGCUCACCCGCCAAACGCGAGGCAGAAAGUGAAGAUGUCUCUGAUGUUAUAGAUACAGCGCCUCCGAAGAAAAAACAGAAGGCUGCCAUCGACGCAGACGCUGCAUACGCUGCUCGUUUACAAGCUGAAGAAGACAAGUUGGCUCGGCCCACCCGCGGUGGAGCGAGCCGAAAGGCAGCUCCUGUCAAGAAGAAGAAGAGGGCAAAAAAAGAGCGCGUCACUGGGUCGGAUGACUCGGAGGUCGAGGGAGAGGAGCGCAAGCAGAAACCCAAGCGAGAAACCGGAUUUCAUAAACCACUUAAUCUAUCGCAUGCAUUGUCAAAUCUCUUCGAUGGGGCAGCACAGCUGUCGCGGCCGGAAACUACCAAACGCAUAUGGGCGUACAUCAAAGCGAAUGAUCUCCAAGAUCCCAGUGACAAGAGGUACAUCAUUUGCGAUGCGAAGAUGCGAGACGUCUUUAAGCAAGACAAGGUGCACAUGUUCACCAUGACGAAGUUGAUCUCGCAGCAAAUGUAUAACCCUGAUGAAUGA